AGCAGCUCACCCCGUCGUCCUGAGGCUCCACAUACAGCUCAUCCCCGACCCUGGACAGAGAGUGGAUGGCUUUGGCCAGAACUGGACGUGUGUAAGUUCAGAGGAACGUUGGCGCCUCCCAUCACAGUGACAGAAGUGGCUGCUGAAGAAGACGUGUGACGACUGAAACCGUGGACAUUUAAUUCAAACUGAGACUUAAAGAGGACACAGGAGGACUGCUGCUGAAACAUUUGAGGAUUAUGGAGGAGUGGGAUCAGUGUGAGAGUGACACAUCUCUGAGAAGAAGCACAGGCAACAAGGAAAAAGACACUUUUCUAUCCUAACUGAGGGAGUGAUGUGUUAUAAGAAAUGGAUCUGUGUAGAUAUUUGCUAUGAACAACUGUUAAGAGAGUAAUGGAAAAAGAUUGGGACAUGAAAAAAGAAAGAAAUAACCACCACAGGAGGGUUAGCCCUUGACAGGGAAGUUGGACACAGGCGUGAUGUGUUUUUUUUUUUCUGCAAACAGUUUCUUCUGUCAUGGUCUGCAGUUUCGUUUUAAAGCAUCAUCACACAACACUGUGAGGAAUCUCAUUGUUGACAUGCUUUUCUCUGACUUUUGGUUUUGAAACACAGCAAUUUCAGUUCCUAGAUGUCUCAGUCACAUAAUCCCACAGACUCUCAGGGCUUGUUGCAGUCCAUGCUGCAGAGACUGAGGCUCCAGCCAGGAAGCCCCGGGCCCAUCACAGCUGCCUCCAACCACCCUGUCAAUGGCUUAGAGCUCGGUACCAAUGGAAUCGUUUCGAAUGAGUUUGGGAUCUCUGCUGUCAACGAUUUAGUCAUCAAAGGUGGGGAAAUACAGCAAGCACGUGAUGGCUGUGGAAUGGACAGGGGUCUUGUUUCCUUCCCCUCCCAGAAGGAGAACAGUGAUAAGGACAGGGGUGAGAACAGGGUGUUGGGAGAGGCCACAUCACCUCAGAUCACCCCGGCUGGAGCAGGGCAGUCGUUUCCUGUUAAGUCUCUUGAAGGGGCUGAUAUCACUUCCUUUGAGGAAACUGAUGGGGAAAGGGGGACUUUUGGCAGUUUGGCUAUGACAGGGCACGAUCGUGCUCUCCCAAACUCAGGACAGAAUCAGGAAUCAAGUUUUACACCUAAAGUCUACAUGUGGUCGUUGAAGCCCACAGACGCUAAUGUUGACACAGGAAGUCAAGAGAGUAAAGUGUUUCAUGUGGGAAAUGGGGGAAUUGGAGCUUCGCCACAAAGUAAAGACAUUCAGUUUGUUGGCCAAACGACAACUAACAGCAGCUCAAGACGAAAACAGCGAUCGUCUGAGAAUAAGACAAGGAGAUGGACACAGAAGAUCAAGGAGAGAUGGUUGGACAGGCGGGGUUCUGGCAAAAAGGAGAAAGAGGAUGGAGGGAGAGUUGACCUGAACAGUGAGCAGGGAACUGAGAUUUCACCUCAGAAGCAGCUGCUGCCAGCAGAAAAUCUCAUCAUUACAUCACAUAAAGAAGAAGAAGGGACCCGGGUCUCAUCAGAUAGCUGUGAAGCCCUUCCACCACAACAGGACGACAGCGGUCUCGAGGAGCGUUUCAGGCCUUCUAGUGACUUUGAGUUUGGCCUGGGUUCAUUCAGCCUCCUGGAGGAGAUUGUCACGGGUCAAGAGUGGGCCAGGUUCCUUAACCCCAACCUGCCAUGCGCCUCAGCCAAUCAGAGACCACCAGAAGAGCCGCCGAGCCAAAUCAAAAGCCCCCCCAAUCCUUAUGACUGCCGUCCGUCAUCUCUGAUUUUGAACCAACAAGGAGGUGGGACCAACCUGUGGAGCUUCGGUGGCACUGAGUCACCACCAGGUUCAGAUUUCAGCGUGGCGCAGAUAUCACCUGAUAGAUAUUCCCAACCUGUGAGCAUGGACGUCUCAGAGGGAAAACAGCUGCAGUACGGUGACGGAGCAGCUGAUCUGUCAGAACCAAUGGAGGAGUGGCAGCCUGGAGAGAGAGGACGGGGGCAGCAGCAAAGACCUCCAUCCUAUGUAGAGCGUGCAGAUAUUCUGGACAACCCGACACUGAAGAGAGUCCUCCUGAACAGAAAGAGACAACACCAGGCAGCUCACAGAGACGAGAGGCUGGCCACUGUAACAGGAGCAUCUGCAUCUUCACUGAGUAUGACCAGCAGCCAUGUGAUGGUUGAAACAGCAGAGUCGCAGCAUAAUGUUCUCAUGCCUUUAAACCCCCUGAACUCUCCUCCCGCCCCUCUCUCUCCAUUCAAACCCUUCGCUCCUGCACCUCGGGGUGUCCUCAAAAACUCCCUAUCCCUUGAUUCAGAGCCCUCGAUGGAAACAGUGACAAAAAGGAGGCGAGUUGAGGAGAAUCGCAAGGUUCAUUUUGCAGAGGAGGUGAUUACCAUAGACCCUCCGGAGCUGGAUGCAUAUGCUGUAGAGUCUGAGGAUUCUGGAGCAGAGGACGACUCUGUGAUCGAGCAGGAGUGUGAGGUGGAGACAGAAGAGGAGGUGGCAGCAGCAGCAGCAGCAGCAGCAGCAACAGCAACAGCAACAGCUCGACGGUCUACCCUCCCUGCCUGGAUACAGGCACUAAAGAGGAGCCACGCUGGGAGGAAGCACAGAUUGUAACAGAUAGAGAAACUGCAUAAUAUCAACAUUUAGUCUCAUACAUGUUUCCCUUUCAAAAUGAAAAAAGUUUGAGAUAGUUUGUCUCAAAUGAACUUAAAGUGGUUUGAAAAUGUUUUUUUGAAAUAAAUGAUAUAUAUAUAUUUUAACAUCAGGCCAAUUGCAAUAAUAUUUCUAAAAACCAUGA